GCAAGUUGGUGCUGCAACGUGCUGCUCCAGUGGCCAGAGGUCCGAGACCAAGGUGUCAGCAGGGUUGACUUCUCCUAAGGUCUUGCUGAAUCAAGCCUCUGCUUUCCCUGUGAUCAGCGUCCUUCCACCGUCUGCCCUGCUACAGAAAGGAGUGAUCCAGGCCCUCAGCAGAGAGGUGUCUUCCGCAGACCAGAGCGGCACCUCGCGAUCUCUGCCGACAAGAGAAACUGCCACCGAGUUAGCUGGAAGUCCACCGAGUAACGGCACAGCCAACAAGAUGAACGGAGCUUUGGAUCAUUCAGACCAACCAGACCCAGAUGCCAUUAAGAUGUUUGUCGGACAGAUCCCUAGGUCCUGGUCGGAAAAGGAGCUGAAAGAACUUUUUGAGCCUUAUGGAGCUGUCUACCAGAUCAACGUCCUCCGCGACCGGAGUCAGAACCCUCCCCAGAGUAAAGGUUGUUGUUUCGUAACAUUUUAUACAAGAAAAGCUGCACUUGAGGCCCAGAAUGCACUGCACAAUAUUAAAACUUUACCUGGGAUGCAUCAUCCCAUUCAGAUGAAACCUGCAGACAGUGAAAAGUCCAACGCUGUGGAAGACCGAAAAUUGUUCAUAGGAAUGGUUUCGAAGAAAUGUAAUGAGAAUGAUAUCAGAGUGAUGUUUUCUCCAUUUGGCCAGAUAGAAGAAUGCCGGAUUCUCCGGGGACCCGACGGGCUGAGUCGAGGCUGUGCGUUUGUCACAUUUUCUACAAGGGCAAUGGCACAGAAUGCAAUCAAAGCCAUGCAUCAGUCUCAGACCAUGGAGGGCUGCUCUUCACCUAUCGUGGUGAAGUUUGCUGACACACAGAAGGACAAAGAGCAAAGACGCCUCCAGCAGCAACUUGCACAGCAGAUGCAACAGCUCAACACUGCCACUUGGGGGAACCUGACAGGGCUGGGUGGACUUACCCCACAGUACCUGGCGCUUCUGCAGCAGGCCACCUCCUCCAGCAACCUGGGUGCAUUCAGUGGCAUUCAGCAAAUGGCUGGCAUGAAUGCUUUACAAUUACAGAAUCUGGCAACACUGGCUGCUGCUGCAGCUGCUGCUCAAACCUCAGCCACCAGCACUAAUGCAAACCCUCUCUCUACCACAAGCAGUGCCCUGGGAGCCCUCACAAGUCCCGUGGCUGCUUCAACCCCCAAUUCUACUGCUGGUGCAGCCAUGAAUUCCUUGACCUCUCUUGGGACUCUGCAAGGAUUGGCUGGAGCCACUGUCGGACUGAAUAAUAUUAAUGCACUAGCAGUUGCUCAAAUGCUCUCAGGUAUGGCGGCUCUGAAUGGAGGACUUGGCGCCACAGGCUUGACGAAUGGCACGGCUGGCACCAUGGACGCCCUCACCCAGGCCUACUCAGGAAUUCAGCAGUAUGCGGCAGCUGCACUGCCCACUUUGUACAGCCAGAGCCUGCUGCAACAGCAGAGUGCCGCAGGCAGCCAGAAGGAAGGUCCAGAGGGGGCAAACCUCUUUAUUUACCACCUUCCACAGGAGUUUGGAGACCAGGACAUUCUGCAGAUGUUCAUGCCCUUUGGAAAUGUUAUCUCUGCUAAAGUCUUCAUUGACAAACAGACCAAUCUGAGCAAGUGUUUUGGUUUCGUUAGCUAUGACAAUCCAGUCUCUGCACAAGCUGCAAUCCAGGCUAUGAACGGCUUUCAGAUCGGCAUGAAACGCUUGAAGGUGCAGCUGAAGCGCUCCAAAAACGACAGCAAACCUUACUGAUCCUAGCCCCAGAAGUUCCCUGCUCUUAUUUUAGCUUUCUUAGGACAUCUCCAUGCCCGUUAGUUCAUCGUUUGCCUAGCAUGUCCCUGUGGCGUCUCAAAAAAGUUUCAUCGUCCCGUCAUUGUUUCUGAUGUCUUUCUGACCUCACAUCAUAUUUGGUUCUCCUACUGACCUUUGAUCUAGUUUUGACCUUUGAAAUUUGCAUGUGACCUCAUCUAGCUAUGAAUUCUGGGAAGUCAAUGUGAAAAACAUUGCUGCAUUCAUGCAAGACUGAAAUUAUUAGACAAAUUAUAGGAAAAAAAAAACCUGUGGCAAAAAUGUUUCCUUCUUAUUUUUUUUCUUUUCAUAAAACAGACUUGAAAGUAUUACACAGGGAUUGGCAUUCUGCCUGGUCCCUGGUGACAACAGCAAUAUGUGUCCAGGGACACAGAGUGUUGGUUUCUAACAGACUACUUCCAAAAACAGUUUGAGAAAAAAAAAACUGUCUGAUUUUAAGUCUCUAGAGGUCUGUAAUAGUUUUUACAUUUUUCAGGCAGUGUAAAGUUUUUUGAUAAGGCCAUUUUAGGUGGCUCACUUUCUCAUUAAGAUAUAUAUAGAACCACUUUUUGUAGAUUAGUAUAAGAAAAAUAUUUACCCUGUUUCGGGGCAAAUGCUACCUAUUUGUGUCACCUUUUGCUGAACUGACUCACAGUUAGACAAUCCAUGGUUUAAUGCACAUGAAAUGACCUAUAUUUUAUACUGUUCCAAUGUACAGGAGAAAGGUUACUGUAAACUGCGUCACGUUGGUGCUUCUGUGGAUUAAGUUGUGGUCUCAUCAUGAGUCUUAAGGUCUUAAUGUUAUUUGUUGAUAAGACAAGCUUAGAAUUGGUUUACUGAAAACAAAAAAAAAAAAAAAAGAAUUUCAAAAAAAAAAAAGUUGUUUGCUUAAAAAAAAAUUCAUAUGAGAGAAAAAAAAACUAUUCCAGAAUAAGUUUUGUGUUGGCUUGAGAAGCAUUGGUGUCACUUUUGUUUAUCGUGAACUAUUAGAUGUGUUUGUGUUCAGCAAAAUGUGAUUUGUUUUUGUUUUUUCUUUUAAAGAAAAAAAAAGUGAAAACUAUAUUGUGCCAAAUUCCAAAGGUACUUCCUUCCUAGAGCUUCGGUGUGUUUCUUGUGAGAAGUAAUUUGAUAACAUGGGUAUUUUAUUAUGUGUUUUGUAUAAAUCCCUAAUAUUUAAAAAAAAAAAAAAAAGGUUACAAAGUUUGUUAACUUGCUAUUCUGUGGUCUUGUUGCCUGAAAUUGUUAUUGUUUGUUAUUUCUCUAUGCUGUUUUUUGUAAGACAUUGUAUAAGUGCUCAUGUCUCACUUUUCUAACCACUCUGCACGCAGUGCUGUGAAGGCAGCCCUCACAUGUAUUUUCUUCAGAAUAUCUGGAAACCUCUAAGGUGAGAAAGUUCUGAACUGUUAACCCUUUCUACCAGAGCUAUCUGGAAUGUUGCUAACUUUUUAUACUGUCAUCCUUGGGUUUGUUUUGGGGUGUUUUUGAUUUGGAAUUUUUUUCCCAUCUGUAUCUUCUGAGUUAUUUUUGUUCUUUGAGAUCCCCAGCCACCCAAAAAAACUUUUAAGUCUUUUUCCUAUACCAUUUUUAUUUUCUUUUUUUAUUUCCCCUGCAUUCCUGUUCUCCUCUGCUCCUUUAGUUUAAGUUUAAAAGAUUGAGUAAAGCCUGUGAAGGUAAAAAUAGGUAGAUUCGGCCCCUACAAAAACCCUAAAGACGAUGUUUGCUUUUUGAGAUCAGGUUUCAUGGUAUGUCCUAGUGUAUUUUCAUACUCCCUGCAGUUAAAUGGCUUUUAUAGUGGUCCAGUCUUUCAAGGGAUUCUGCGUUUGUUUCUUAAACACUCCUAAGUAAUGCUGAAUCAGCCAUUAUGCUAGGGAUUCUCGAACUCCAGCUGACACCUGCGUAUGCAGAGCCUCCGGCCUCUCCAUGCCUUUCUGGUUUUCUAGGGUGAACACACUUAAAGGGGCUGGCCAUUUAAGAGGAGCUCAGCUGUGCUCUUUACCACAGUUACUAACCAAAUACUAGGACUAGUUCCUGCUGCCACUUUUUCAAGUGCCAUAUUCCUCCGAGUCUGACUUCACAUGAACAGAUGUCUUGUUUUGACAGACCUUACUGUCAUGCGUCCAGUCCCAACAUACAGCCAGCCCCUGGGAAAGCAUACCCCGCAAGCUUCUGGCUCAGCUCCCUUUCCUUCUCACCCACCCCAUUUGGUUUAAUGUGUGUGUGAACGUGAUAGCCCUGAGAUGGAAAGGAUUAGCCUCUCACAAUGCAAAAAAACAGUUUCUUCCUUACAGCACGUGCACUUCCAGUGACAUGAUCCGUGUUACCCCCCACCUGUUUACUACUGCCGGGGCCUUCCUUCAUCCUUGAGGGCUAUUUUGUACUUUCUGCAGCACUCAGCUUAAUAACAAAGUGACCACACACAUCUCUCAGUCUCUACUAUGUGGUGGUGUGUAGGUACACGUAGAAACACAAGAGAAUACCAGUUGUAUUUCGUAGACCAUCUCAUCCGGAAUCUGCUCAUUUAUCAGUGACAUAAAUCUCAAAAAGAAUCUGAUGAUUAUUUUCCCAUGGAAGCAAACUGCCCUCCUUCCUCUUGACCCACCCACAGUCAGGUCCCCGUCCCUAACUCCCCAGAGGCUCGGGCCAGGCAGGCACUUUCUGUUGAUGUUUCUGAUUUUGCAGGCAACCAAGACAGUACAUUGAGGGGGAGGCUUUUGGUUUUGCAUGUUUCACUGUUAGAAAGAGAACCUUCCUCAGAGACAAACUGUCCUUUAUCUUUCAAUAUCAAAAGGAAAAAGCUGCAAGGGUGCACAGGGCCUGUUUCCGGAAGACAAAAUACAGGGAAACUGCGUUUGAAAAAUCAAGUGUAGAGAAUAGUCUUUUAAAACUCACUCAGAGAACUCUGAUCAGACGCCUCCGAGGUGUAACAAGUUCAUCUUUCUGUCACCACAGGGGUUCUAGGUCUUUGGCUUGUGCUACUCUGGAAUCAUUUACUGUUUCUGUUUUUAUUAUCUUAAGUGCUAAUUAAAAAAAAAUAAAACUUAAAAAAAUGUAGUUUCAUUACCUUUUGAAUAAUGUCAUACAAAAAUGUAUUUGUGUUUUUGUGCUGUGGAAAUUGUUGUUUGUAGAUUAAUAAUACCAUUUUGUUUAGAAUUACAAAAUAGUUUUUAAAUAUUGUCUGAGAAAAGCCAAAGUUAAUGCAAUCUAGUGGAAACUGUAAGACCAUUUGAGUAUUGUUUCUGUUUUAUUGAUGCAUUUGGAUUUUGUUGUUUGAUGGAAUUUGAGCCAAAAACAAAAAACAAAAAUGCAGGCUUUCCUAUUUCUACAACUGAUUGUACUUAUGCAUUUUGUACCAGUGGGAUUUUUUAUACUGGAGAUUAAAAAAAAAUGGAAAUUUUUGUGGCUUACUCUUGUGGGCCCCUGACAAUGACUGAUUUCAAGUUUGAUUUCUGGUUGAUAGAAAGAAAGUUGCUUUUCUUUUAAGAUUAAAAACUUUGGCUUGAUUUCUUUUUUCCCUUUGCUUAUAUCUAGCAUUAGAAUUUUGUCUUAAAAUACAGCGGUAAGUUUCACUUUUUAUUCUGUAUUGUGCAGUUACACAAUAAGAUAAUUAGAUUUAGAAGUACUCAGUCACUUUAAGUGGAUAAAUGUAUUAGUUAAACUUUAGGAGUUUGCUUUUUUGCUGUUUAGAUCGAAGUUUUUUCUGACCCUUCUGUCCUCAUUGUGAACAUAACCGUGUAGCUGAAACAGUCAGACUUAUUUUUGUAAUAUGUAUGUUACUGUGUGAUGCGGUUUUUUGCUUCUGUCUCCAAUAUUAAACCAUUUUCCUAAUA